AUGCCUCCGUUUCUGGGUUAUACCGCCUCGUUAUCCUCGAGUGUCGUAGACUACCCCAUCGAAUACGGACGUCGCUAUCAUGCUUUCCGACCAGGAUCGUACAAAUUCCCUAAUGAUGAGUCUGAAAUGGACAGGCUCGAUUUGGCCCAUGCGAUGAUGGUCAAGGCGAUUGGCAGCAGGCUGUAUAAUGCGCCACUGGAGAAGGAAAAGGUGCAGAGGAUUCUUGAUAUUGGCACGGGGACUGGACUUUGGGCCGUGGAAAUGGGCGACGUCUUUGAGAACGCAGAGGUUCUCGGCAUUGAUCUGAGUCCCAUCCAGCCGGAAUGGGUUCCCCCAAACGUCAAAUUCGAAAUCGACGACAUCGAAAGCCCGUGGGUCGACAACAGAAAAUACGACUUCAUCAUGUGCCGGUACAUGGUCGCCUCCAUCAAGGACUGGCCCGGUCUGAUCAAGAACAUCUUUGACCACCUAAACCCAGGAGGCUGGGUCGAGUUCCAAGACGUAAACACACAAUUCUACUCCGACGACGACACCUUCUCCAAAGACUCCGCCACCGCCCGCUGGAUGGCCGGCUUCGCGACCGCCUGUAAAGGAAUGGGCCGCGACACCGACGUCGCACCGACCCUCGCCUCCCUCUUGCGCGAAGGCGGCUUCCCCUCGGAACUCGUCCACGCCCGCCGCAUCAAGGCGCCGCUGGGCCCCUGGGCAAAAGACCAGUUCUACAAGGACCUGGGCAUGAUGAACCUGAUCCUCACGAUUGACGGACUCGAGGCGCUCUCGCUGAAGUUGUUUGCGGAGCUGUUGGGGCGCACGCAGGAGGAGAUUCUGGUGGAGACCGCUGCUGUGAGGAAGGAGUUGAAGACGGGUGCUUUUGGGGCUUUUCACGCCAUGUUUGAUAUUUACAACGUGUAUGCGCAGAAGCCGUUGGAGACGGAAGAUACUACUCAGUGA